UUGUGAACAACAAGAUGACUGUGAUCCAGCUUUCUCUCCUUCUCCUGCUUUCCAUGUGCAAUCCAUUGACUGAGGCGAACUACUUGGAUAGCGAUCCGUUCCCACUCGACUCGUCCUGCGAUCCUGUGAUCAACACAACCCCAACAACGGAAACAACUACUCCAUCCACGUCUACUACCGCCACGUCAUCAUCUGCAACUGAAACAACUUCCAAUACUGACUCAUCAUCGACUGCAACUCCUUCACCUUCCUCUGCCUCGUCAACUACUCCGACCGCUCAGUCUUCGACUGCUACAUCACCCGCAAUGACGUCACCAUUCAUCCAAACACCGGCUGCUACACCCAAACAUCAGUUGUGCACAAAGCCGAAACAAUCUGCCAUUACCUGGCCAAACUCCCUGUUUCGAGGAAUGUGCAUCGAAAAACCGGUCACUGGACACGCUUUGGCUUUCCGGUAUAGAAGUGAUCUGGAAACACGCGACUAUUCGAAGGUCCUAACCUUCAAGCCAAUUGUGUUUUUUGAGAAGGGAAGGGGCGAGAAAGAUCCACAUGUCUACUUGGAAAACCACCGAGGCCUGAACGUCUUCUUCGUCUGGUACAACAAUGAAAAGAGUGGAGUGAUUUUGGAUGCCAAUGAGCCUAACAACUGCGCCAACGACCAAGCUGAUUGUCUACCAUUUGAAUAUAACGACGUCAAUGCCAUCAUCUACACCAUUUGUUGGAACAAGGAAGUUCAUUCCGACGGACUUUUCAUCGAUACUCUGAUCGAAGAAGUGCUUUCGUGAACAAUUUGAAAUAUUCUUUGAAAAAUCUGUUAAUGUUAUAACAUAGGUUAUUGCAAGGGAAAAAGUUAUUAUCAUUUACUUAUAUUUUUCUUUAAUUAUUUACUAACUUCACUUAUUUACUACUUAUAUUUGUCUUUUACUUAUUUACUAAUAGUAAAUUUUAUUGCACGCUAUUGUGAUAGAACCCUGUCAAUAUAUUCUCAUGCAACUUUUUACCAAAUAAAUUAAAAUUUGUAAA